AUGUCGCAGCAAGGUUCGAGCGAGCAGUUCUUUCAGCCUAUCGGGGACCAUGCUGAAGCGGCUGAGGACAUACAGCCCAUUCAAGAGAUUGAAUCACUUUGUAUGCGUUGUGGCGAACAAGGCAUUACGCGAUUGCUUCCCACUUACAUUCCCUACUUUAAGGAAGUAAUUGUCAUGAGCUUUUCGUGUUCUCAUUGUGGUGAGCGAAACAGCGAAAUUCAAAGCGCUGGUGAAAUUCAACCGAAGGGAUCGCUGUAUACAAUCCAUAUUGUGAGCAAGAGUGAUUUGAAUCGUCAAGUUGUUAAGUCCGAGUUCUGCACCACGAGCAUCCCCGAAGUUCAAUUGCAGAUCCCCGCUAGACGUGGCCAAAUUACAACUGUUGAAGGGAUUGUGUCUGACACGCUGCGUGAUUUGGAAAUCGAUCAGCCUUUACGCAAGCACAUGGAUCCUGACACGCAUGCAAAAAUUGAAGAAGUGUGCGACAAGCUGCGUGUAAUUAUGGGAGAGCGUCGCAUCGACGAAGAAGACACUGUACUCAAUGAAAAUGAACCAGAGUUAAAGAAAAUGCGCAGUGUGGGACCUGUCAGUGCGCAUCACGAGGAAGCCGAUAGCAACGAAGAGCGUAGCUUCUCCCCGUUCCGGCUUGUACUUGACGAUCCGUCCGGAAACAGUUUUGUGGAGUACAGGGGUAGUAUUGAGAGCAGCGGUGCGCAAGAUAAUCGCUGGAGCAAACGUGAUUAUCCACGUUCAAAAGAACAAAAUAACCUUUUAGGGCUUGUCUCGGACCCUGAAGCACCGAAUAAACCUGCUACCGCUAUCGGCGGGGGUGGCGUAGAAAAGGAGCUGAAAGAUGAAGAGGAGCUAAUGAAUGAGGAGGUUUACAACUUCGAAGGAAACUGCUCCAGCUGCAAUGCGCCCAGUACGACAAAAAUGAAGAAAGUCAAUAUUCCUUAUUUCAAGGAUAUAUUCAUUAUGUCAACCAACUGCGAUAACUGUGGAUUCCGUGAUAAUGAGGUCAAAUCUGGCUCGGCGAUAUCCGAGCACGGUCGUCGAUUGACGCUUAAGGUUGAGGACAAGGAAGAUUUGUCGCGCGAUAUCCUCAAGUCUGAGACUGCUGGACUAUCUGUUCCCGAGUUGGACCUGUACCUUUCUCCAGGUACACUGGGGGGUCGCUUUACGACUUUGGAAGGCCUCUUGGAGAACGUAUAUGACGAACUGUAUGAAAAGGUGUUUAUGCGCGGCGACUCUGUGGAUGCGGAUGCGACGAACAGGUUCGAAAGGUUUCUUGGAGCUCUCAAGCGUGCUAUCAAUGGAGAAAGCUUCCCUUACACGCUUAUAUUGGAUGAUCCACUUGCGAACAGCUAUAUUCAAAACCCCUACGCUCCCGAUCCGGACGAGCAGGUCACUGUGGAGAACUAUGAUCGGACGUUUGAUCAGAACGAGGAUUUGGGCUUGAACGAUAUGAAAGUGGAAAACUAUGGGGAAGAUGGCACGGAGGAGUUGGCGCAAGUAGCCUAA